AUGCUGCCUUGGGCCAUUUUACAAAGAAGAGAGACGGCGGCUGCAGAGACCCUACUCCUUGACUACGUGUCGCAAAACCCACUGAAAUGCUUGUAUACUUCCUACAAGGCAAAACACUGGGCUAUCACCAUGGUUGUCAUUGUGUCUUUUUUAAUCCGGAUGCUCACUGUUCUUUCAACUGGACUUUUCAUGCCACAAUACCAAAAUCGUCAGCACAUUGAUAUACCAAUAAUGGCUGAAGAUCGGUUUGAACCUUCUGCUUUAGAGAGUAUCCCAUACUCCCAUACCCCCGCCCUACUUCCGGUUGCUUUUUUGAACUACAAAUUAAAGUUUCCGGCUGGAACAUCUGACCGCUUUGCCAUACCUACUUUUACUAGCUCAGUCAGCAACUGGGACUUCUUUACUCGGUUUGAGUGGGUUCUAAAUGACGCCAUGUCCACUUUGGCCGGCAUGUCCUUAGACGUGCUGGGAGGCGACAAUACAUUAAACAAGAUCAAGUUCAACGGACGCUCUUAUCCCCUACGCCUUGACCGCUUCUUUACACUUUACGUUUCUUUGUUCAAAGUCGACAUUAAAUCCUUCCUGGAUGCCCCAACAACUUACCAGAGAGCACAAAAACUUUUCGGCCUUGUGUCGGUUCAGAUUGCCAAGAACAACCUUAUGGUGCAGGACAAAAGAACGCAGAAUGGUACUUACUCUACGUCUGAAAAUUGGCUUCAUGUUAGAGGAUUAUCCCUGUAUUGGAUGCUGGCGACAGUUAGUACGUUAUUACUUCUUACUGCUCUCCUAAUGCUAUACACACCUGGACGGGUAGUCUCGCGCGAUCCCGGUUCUAUCGGUGGACUGGCAACUAUCUUAGCCCGCAGCCCUUCUCUAACCAAUCUUCUAUCGGCUCACGGGUCUUCUACAAUACCCAUUCUCCGACAAGUAUUGCAAAAUUAUGUCACUAAGAGCUGUGUGGUACACACUCACGCGGGCCCUGAAUUCAGAAUCGAUGUCAUACCUCAAGAAUACAAUUUUACCGAGCUCGAAAACGAUAAAACUCCGUACUGGUGGCGCCCUUUUUCGAUAUCGGCAACAACAAAAGCAACAUUUAUUAUUAUCCUAGCCCUUCUAAUCAUGGCUUUGGAGGUCAUGUUCCAAACUUCGGAGAAAAAGCAAGGCCUAGCCAGCGUUGAAACAACAAGCUACGUGCGAUAUACUUGGGUCCACUUGCCAGGUCUGGUAAUGUUAGUGAUUCAACUCCUAGUGGGCAUGAUAAAUUUCACUUCCAACGUGUUUCUACCUUACCACGAAUUGCGGCAUUGGCCAUCACGAGCACAGUCGACGCUUCUCAACGACCAACUCCCCCGAUUGACAGUCCAUUCUCUUUUCAAUUCGAUAACAGGAGGUCACUGGGCUAUUACUGCCACAUCGACAGCCUUGCUCCUAGCGCCGUUCCUUACCAUUGCCGCAAGCGGACUUUACAGUUCCGAGGAAGUGUUGGCAACUUCCAACUCCAACGUUACCGUGGACAGUAUCUUUGAUUUCCACUCAUUACCACUUCGAACAAGCCAACAAGAUCACGGGUUAGGCUUCUUCGUGAGCAUGAUUCUACAGCAAAAUCUACCCCCACAAAACUGGACGCAUGAUGAGUUUGUGUACCCGGAAAUCAGCAUUCCCUCGGAUAGCAUCCCGAACUCAGCCUCAGCAGCAUUUCCCAACUUUACCACUACUAUGCCAGUCUUGCGAAGCUCGCUAGAUUGCUCACCUAUCCCCGAGGAUAACCGAAAUGUUACGUUCGGAAUAAAAAAUGAAUGGGUUUCAUUUGUAAAGGUGCGAUUUCCGGUUCCUGUCGGCUGCAUGGACAACGACGAAACAGAAUACGAAGUCGAACUGUUUAAUGUCGAGGCCUAUCCUUCUGCCCGUAUGAUUGACCUGUCUUACAACACUACCAGCUUUGGUUGUCCCUCAAUUUUAGCCUUCUAUGGCGCAGAAGAGUCCAACCUCAAGUACGUAACAUGCACGAAGACCACCCAUCAGUUGCAAGUCAAAACUACAUUCGAGCUUCCCUCCUAUUCAAUUUUAGCGGCGGAACCCAUCGAAGAUAGCGCCGUCGAGAUUGUCGACGGUCUAACCGUCCUCAAUCUCUUCGAAGCUGCACUAUCAUACUUCUACCAAGUUUUUCUCGAAGAUUCAUAUUCUUAUCUCAGUGUUGUUGGUGCCAGCGAAUUUGUCACCACGAUUCUCCUCGAAACAGCCAGAAAUGUUAAUCUCAGCAUCGAAGACAUUGUCAGCGCGGCGCCCAACAACACCGCACCCUUGGAGCAUACCAUGCACGAGAUAUGGAGUGUCAUCUUCGUCCAAUACGCCAACCUUAUCGCCCACGCCGUUUCGACGCGUAUCUUGGAAGGAUUACUCGCCGCUAUCGCACUAUGCAUUGCGGCCAGUUUCUGGGGCAUGAAUACUAAGGAAAUUUUGCCUAAAGAUCCUUGCGGAGGUAUCGCGGCGGCAGCAAGUUUAGUGGCAGGCGCAAAGGAAACGUUAAUGCGAGAGGAGAUGAUACCGCAAGGAGCGGAGUGGUUAAGUGAUAAGGAGUUAGGAAAGAAGGGAGUAUUUGAGGGAAUAGUAUUUAGUAUGGGAUGGAGAAAUGGCGGAGAAAACGAGAUUAGUGGUAGUAGACGGUGGUUUGGGAUUGAUUUAGGGAAAUCAGAGUGGAUAUAG